UGCCUAUCGAUAGUCUUUAGCCAUGCAGCUCUCGCAGUAAUAAUUUUAGAAUUUAUUUGUAAUUUUCGUAGAGUCCUCCGAACAAAUACACUUUAGUUUUAUAGUUGUAGGUUUUUAGCUAUGUUUAAGAAGUGAAGCGGCCCGGUGGCUGGAUUACCCGCGGCCUAGUUAGCAGGAACCCACUUCGUUGGCGGCGGAUUACACAGGCAUCGAUUUUUAUUCGAAGCGAAUGUUGUGGAAUUUCCCACAUUCCAACUUAUCACAGUAAAACCACAGCAGCUCAUAUUCUGAGCUCGGCAGUACUUGGAGCGGAGCCAUGAAGGACGGCGGUCACAUAACACUCACACUUCCGACGGGCUCUGUUGAUGAGCGGGGCAGGAAGAGCUUACGGCGGGCUUGGAAUCAGCUGCCGCGUUGUCAGCGUAAUCUCAUUAUUUUGGGCAUAACAGCCUUCUGUGUGACGGUACUUCUAUGCCUCAGUGGCGAUCAGCUGAUGGCCUCCAGUCUCAAGGACUCGGAGGAAAAGCUACCCAUGGUGGCGUCCUAUCAUAUGCGGCAACAGAAUCCACACCAUCACCCCUCAAAAGACAAGGACCAAGCCGAAGCCUCGCCUGCUCCCCCGGCUUCGGUUUUGGAAGAUAAGCAGACGAUCCGUCGGGAGGUGGAAAAUGAUAAGUUUAAUGAGGCGUACGCCGAAGCGAACUCUGCCGAGAACGUCGUCCGGCUACCGGAGACGGUGGCGGUUGACCUUCCACAUGCUGUGGCCUUGCCGGCACCCGACAAUACCAAGGAUCAGGAUCUAGGUGGCAUUGAUAUUCUUAACAAUGUGGAACCCUUUGACCAGCAGCCAAGUGAACCGCUGGGCGAAAAGGAGCAACUCGACCUGGCUAUCAAGAAUCCGCUGAAUCUUGGAGGUGUUAGUUUUAAGGAGCAUCUGCACAAGAUUCGUCCUCUCCUGGCGAAGGGUCAGCACUUCCAUGGAGCUUCCAACGAGCGACAAUCGGCGGUGGUGGCCGCCUUUAAGCACUCCUGGGCAGGCUACAAGAAGUACGCCUGGGGCCAUGACAACCUGAAACCCAUCUCGCAGUACUCUCAUGAAUGGUUCGGCCUAGGUCUGAGCAUUGUUGAUUCUUUAGAUACCAUGUAUAUAAUGGGACUAGAUGAUGAGUUCAAAGAGGCCCGCGAUUGGGUGGAAAAUUCAUUGCGCUUUGAUACCAAGCGUGACGUAAAUCUCUUCGAGGUAACCAUUCGAGUGCUUGGUGGACUCCUGUCUGCCUAUCAUCUAAGUGGCGAUACAAUGUUCCUGGCCAAGGCAUCCGAGUUGGGCAAUCGCUUGUUGCCUGCCUUUUCGUCUCCUUCGGGUAUUCCCUAUUCGGAUGUAAAUCUCGGCGAUCUCUCAGCCCACUCCCCGAAGUGGUCGCCCGACAGUUCCACCAGCGAGGUAACCACCAUUCAGCUGGAGUUCCGUGAUUUAAGUCGCUCUACAAACGUUUCAAUAUAUGAACAAGUCGCCCACACUGUUAAUGAAAAAGUGCAUGAACUCGAUAAAAAACACGGACUAGUGCCCAUAUUCAUCAAUGCCAAUACAGGCACAUUCCGGAACUAUGCAACUAUUUCGCUGGGAGCGCGUGGUGACUCCUACUAUGAGUAUCUACUGAAGCAAUGGAUUCAAACAGGCCGCAAAGAUAAUGACAUUCUUAUCUUGGAUUACAUGCAAGCUAUUGACGGAGUGCUAACCGAGUUGAUGCGUCGGACUCCCCGCGAGCACUGGGUCUACAUUGGCGAACUCAUUAACGGCAAAGAUUUCAAGCCCAAAAUGGAUCAUCUGACGUGCUACCUGCCGGGAACUUUGCUGCUGGGUCACCAAAACGGCAUGCCGGAUUCGCAUCUGAUACUCGCAAGGGACUUGAUGGACACCUGCUAUCAAACGUACAUGAUGAAUCCCACCCAUUUGGCGGCCGAAAUAUCCUACUUUGCGCUCACAGAAAAGGACGAUCAGGAUAUUUAUGUGAAACCGAAUGAUGCCCACAACCUGUUGCGGCCGGAAUUCAUCGAGAGUCUCUAUUACUUCUAUGCCCUGACGGGCAACCGCACUUACCAGGAUAUGGGCUGGACCAUCUUCCAGGCAUUUGAGACCCACACAAAGGUCAAUGCUGGUUACACCUCGCUGGGCAACGUUAAAAACGCUCAAAACACACGCAUGCGUGAUCUGAUGGAGAGCUUCUGGCUAAGCGAAACUCUGAAGUACUUCUACUUGUUGUUCAGCGACAACCGCAAGGAAAUCGACCUGGAGCAAUGGGUUUUCAACUCGGAGGGCCAUCCACUGCCGGUCUAUUCGCUCAAGACUUAACUAACUUAUAAGCGACUCCAACACGAGGUCGGCCCAACCUAGUUGGGCAAAUGGAAACAACGCUGUCGGCAAAUUUAGGCUGCAACAAUCGUUUUACUUGUACUUGUACUUUAGCGCAAAUGCCAAAUACUAAGCUUAGGGUUAGGCUAAGCUCAGUUGGUCAAUCGAAUGAAGCAAUGCCCAACCUUGGGAUGGGUCGAUUUGUCCAGUUUGUAGUUCAUUUGUAAUUCGUAGGGGUGAUGUUCUAUUGAAAAAAGCUCUAAGCUUCAAGUCUGUUCUUAAUUUCCCAAAC